AUGUCGACUUCUGCUCAACCCCAUGAGACAAAAGUCAAAUUGACAAAAUCAUCAGGCAGCAGUAACAACAACAACAACAGCAGCAGCAGCAGCAAUAGGGCCAAAGUUGCCUCAAUUGACGCAAAAUACUCUGACGACGAACUUUCAAGCGAUGAAAGUAUCGAGGAUACUGCUGACGCUUUGGCUGAUGGAGAUAUAGAUCUUGCUGAAAAGACAAAGAGAACUCAGUACGACGAAACCAAAGAGACCAUUGAAUCGUUGAAAAAGUUGGAAGCAAUCUUGGCACCCAUCUUCUUCACCUUGUUAUCAUUCUUUGUGCGUUUCUACAGAAUCUCAGUCAACUCGAGUGUUGUUUGGGACGAGGCACACUUUGGUAAGUUUGGUUCUUAUUACUUGAGACACGAGUUUUACCACGACGUGCACCCACCAUUGGGCAAGAUGCUCGUGGGUCUCUCUGGAUACUUGGCUGGAUACAAUGGCUCAUGGGAUUUCCCCAGUGGUGAAAAAUACCCUGAAUACAUUGACUAUACAAAAAUGAGAUUGUUCAAUGCCACCUUUUCGGCAUUGUGUGUACCCUUGGCUUAUUUCACAAUGAAGGAAAUUGGCUUCACCGUUUGGACAACAUGGCUAUUCACAUUGAUGGUUUGCUUGGAAUCGUCAUAUGUGACCUUGGGCAAAUUUAUCCUUUUGGACUCUAUGUUGUUGUUCUUUACUGUAUCCACAGUCUUUUGCUUUGCACGCUACAACAACUUUAACAAUAAGCAACAAGAGUUUGGAAGAAAAUGGUGGAAAUGGCUCUUGUUGACCGGCGUCUCCAUUGGAUGCGUGUGUUCAGUAAAGAUGGUUGGAUUGUUUGUCACAUCCUUGGUUGGUAUUUACACCGUUGUUGAUCUUGUCACUAAGUUGCAGGACAAGUCAAUUUCUUGGAAGAAGUAUGCAUGUCAUUGGAGUGCCAGAAUUAUUGGUUUGAUCAUUGUGCCAAUGUCCAUCUUUUUACUUUGCUUUAAGAUCCAUUUUGAUUUAUUGUACAAGUCGGGAACUGGUGACGCCAAUAUGUCCUCUUUAUUCCAAGCCAACUUGGCCAACUCAGAUGUUGGUGGUGGUCCAAGAGACGUUUCCAUUGUCCACUCUGUGGUUACAUUGAAGAACCAAGGCUUAUCAGGCGGCCUCUUGCAUUCACACGUUCAAACUUUCCCCGAAGGUUCUAAGCAACAACAAGUUACAACCUAUAGCCACAAGGACUCCAACAACAAUUGGAUUUUCCAAAGGGCUAGACCAUUGCCUUCUUAUGAUCCAAGUGCUAACAAAACCGAUAUUGAAUACGUUAUUGAUGGAAUGCACGUGAGGUUGAUGCACCCACAAACUGGUAGAAAUUUGCAUACUCACGAGAUUCCAGCCCCAUCCACCAAAUCAGAGUGGGAAGUUGCAUGUUAUGGUAACUUGACCAUUGGAGAUGCCAAGGAUAACUGGAUUGUUGAGAUUAUGGAUCAACAAGGUGACGAAGACAAGUUGAAAUUACAUCCAUUAACUUCAUCAUUCAGAUUGAAGAAUGAAGUCUUGGGCUGUUACUUGGGUGUUACCGGAACCUCUUUACCACAAUGGGGUUUCAGACAGGGUGAAGUUGUUUGCUACAAGAACCCAUUCAAGAAGGACAAGAGAACUUGGUGGAACAUUGAAAAUAAUAGAAAUGAAAUCUUGCCACCAGCACCAGAGAAUUUUAAAUUACCCAAAACUAGAUUUAUUCGUGAUUUCAUUCAGCUCAAUUUGGCAAUGAUGGCCACUAACAAUGCGUUAUUGCCAGAUCCAGACAAGCAAGAUGACUUGGCCUCGUCAUUUUGGCAAUGGCCAACCUUGAAUGUUGGUAUUAGAAUGUGUGGAUGGAGUCCCGAUAAGGCCAAAUACUUUAUGAUUGGCUCCCCAGCAACUACAUGGACCUCCACCGUGGGUGUCUUUAUUUUUGCAUUUAUCACAUUAUACUACAUUGUUAGAUGGCAAAGACAAUUUGUUGAUUUCCCUUCCAACCAUCCACAAAAGUUGCAAAAGUUCAUUAUGGGUGGAAUCUAUCCAAUGUUUGGCUGGGGUUUGCACUUUAUGCCCUUUGUCAUUAUGGGCAGAGUUACAUAUGUCCACCACUAUGUGCCAGCCUUAUAUUUUGCCAUGAUUGUGUUUUGUUAUGAGGUUGAUGCAUUUGCAUCUAUCUUCAAUAGGCCACGUGCAUCUGCUGUCAGUAAAAUUGUAUAUGCAGCAAUUUAUGUGACGUUGUAUGCUCUUGUUGCAGGAACUUUCUGGUACUUGAGGUAUUUCUCAUGGGGUAUGGAAGGUGACAAAAAGGAGUGGAAGCAUUUGCAAUUGAUCAACUCAUGGAGAGUUUCAGAUGAUAACUAUAUAUAA